UCAGAUUCACUCUAAAACUUCAUCUUCACUCUUCAUUUCCCCCAACCACGCACCCAAUAUAAUAAUCUUUCCCACCGCUCCUUUCCUGCACUCAUUUCCUCCCUCUUCGCCACCAUGGAAGGCGAUGCCCACGGCCAACAUUAAAUUUACUAAAUUAUCAUCAUAUCGAUCAAUCUCCUUAAUUAAUCACCUACAUGUCGCUCUCAUACUACCCCGAGUUGCUCUGCUCUGAGGAAUCCGGAGAUUCUCUAACCGCCGGAAACUCUCCGGAAUUCUCAUCGGAAAUAGAUUCUCCGGCGAUUAUUCUAGAAGAAGACGAAUCUGUUAUCGCUGGAUUUAUCGUAGAAGAACGGAACUCCUUUAAUACUACUACCGCCUCCGGUGCAUCCGGCGAUGGCGUUUCCGAAUCUAGCCUUUCUCUCUCUUCAUACUCUUCAAACUUUCUAGACUCUUCUUCUCGAUCUCGUUCUGUUGCAUGGAUUCUCAAGGUGAGAGCGUUCUUUGGCUUUCAUGCAGUGACAGCAUACCUCGCUGUCAACUACUUAGAUCGCUUUCUUAAUUCCCAUCAUCUACCGCAAACAGGUGGGUGGUCAUUACAACUUUUAUCAGUCGCAUGCUUGUCACUAGCUGCCAAGAUGGAGGAACCUCUUGUUCCUUCCUUGUUGGAUCUUCAGGUUGAAAGCGGCCCAACUAAGUUCACUUUCAAUUCGAAGACGAUCCAAAGAAUGGAACUUCUUGUUCUAAGUGUUUUAAAUUGGAGAUUAAACCUUGUUACACCCUUCACUUUCAUCAGUUUUUUCGCUUACAAGGUUGAUACAUCAGGAAAUUGUAUAGGACUCCUAAUUGCGCGAUCAACGGAUAUUAUCCUCUCUAACACACAUGCGGGCAGCCUUGAAGAAUACUGGCCAUCAAGCAUAGCAGCAGCUGCUAUACUUUGUGCAGCAAGUGAAUUGCCAACUUUGUCAUUUGUCACCCCUGAGCAUGCUGAGUCAUGGUGUGAUGGGCUGUGUAAAGAAAAGGUUAGGGAUUGCUACAAGUUAAUGCAACAAUUAGUGGUGGAUAAUAGUAGAAGAAAGUCCAUCAAAGUGAUACCACAAUUCAGAGUUACAGUACAAAUCACCAAAAUCAGGUCAUAUGAUGACUCAUUAUCUCCAUCUUCAUCUUCCACCUCCUCAUCUUCCCCUUUUUCUAAUAAGAGGAGAAAGCUAAAUAAUAAUAAAUCUUGGUUGGAUGAUCAUAAUUAUGAUCUUUAAUCAGGAUCCCUAAUCUUAUUUAGAAUGGGUUUUAGAUCAAAUAAUAAUGAUCAACAACUUGAGCAGUAGCUAACAUAAUUUUUCUUUGAACCUUGCACUGAUGCCAUUUAAUGAAGGAAAAAUGGCAUUUGCAAUUCCCAAAGGUAUUGGGAGCUUGCUUAAUUAGUGCAUUGUGUACUUGUGUAUAUUUAUAUAUACUUGAUAAUGAGUGAGUAGCUCAAAGAAAAAGAUGAAUAUGUUACACUUCAUAAAUAAUUUCAUAUGUUACACUUCAAAAAGAACAUUGUUUUUAGUAAUGUGUUAUACUGUUUGGAUGAAGAUGUGUAGCACGUGUGUAUGUCGUGCAUUUUUGGCGGGAAAAUUGCCACAAAUAAAUUUAGGAUUUUUUAUUAAUAAUAUAAUUAAUUCAGCGUGUUACAUAUGUACAUUUUUAAAAAAAAAAAAAGUUCUUUGGGAUGUUAUUGUUUUACUCCUUGUUAUAAGCUAGGGAGGAGUCAAACAAUUUGGUAAUAUUUAUAUUAUAUUUUUCUAUAAUGUAAUGGCUCCAGAAUUGUGGCCAACGAACCAUAAUGUAAAAGGAUCUCGAUGGAGGGGACCUUCUAUGUACUAAUAAUAUGUGUUUAUUUGUAUUUGGAUUCAUUAAUAUGACGUAUAUAUUUGUUU